GUCUGGUCACUCUCGGGGUCAAAUCCUCGGGCGCCCCCCCCCCCCCCCCCGAAGGCAGAUGAAGAAGUUCGCGGUGUUCGUUCGAGGCCGUUCGCUGGACGAGCGCGCGCGAGCGGCACGAAGCCGAGGAUGGUUGUUAGUGGAGGCAGCGAGCAUGCAUUAACAGUACUCCGGACGGGGCCGGUGGUUCUCUCGGCUUCCCCGGCUUCCAACCAGCGCCGCGGCCCCUUCUCGCUCGGGUCCCGACGGUGUACCCCGGUGUGCCUGGACGGUGCACCGGGGGAAAGGAGUCCCCGGCUCGGUGCACGCGCCUUCAGUCCGUCGAGGGUCUUCGUCAAAAUUGCAUCCCUCUUCGCCGGCGGCGUGUCCUCCGAUUCGAAAGAGUGCCCUCGAGUGUCUGGUAAACAGUUUCUCUCGAGUUAACGAGGGGAAGUGAACGACGCGUGAGAAAGAGACAAAUAGCAACGUCAUGUGGAGAGUCCUGAUCGCUGGAUUUUGCACGGUCGCCGCCGCCGUUGCCCAGGAUUACGAGGUCUCGGACAUUCAGUGCAGCGGCGCGGGUUCGGCGGCCGAUCUCCUGACAGCCAAGAUCAAAAGGCCGGUCGGCUUCAGAGGCACGCCGCUCUUCGCGGACGACAGAUCGGCGAAUCCGCUCGCCGACAUUCACUGUCAGAUCAGGCCGGACCCGAACGAUCCGCAGGAGGAUAACUACUUCCUGAAGGUGACUGACUUCUCCCGAUGCGGCAUCCUCAAGAGAAACGGAUUCAUCCACCUGCGAGUGUGGUUCCCGGCCUUCCCCGGCGUGGUGAUGCUGGCCGACCAGGAGCUGAUCCUGAUGUGCCGACCGCCCGAGCCGACGCUGCUGCGGCACAAGGCCGCCGGUUUCGCUGGCACUUUUCCGCACGGCGCGAGGGUGUCCGGGGUGGUGGAGGAGACGCCCGGCCGGCUCGAGUACGAGGUGGCCCUUUACCGCGAGGCGACCGGCAACGUGUCCGAUAAUUCGCAGACGGUCGAUCAAGCGGUGCCGAUCGGCACGAAGCUGCAGCUGCGCGCCCGCAUCAGCCCGGACAGCGCCUGGGGCUACAUCAAGCUGCUAGAGGUGACGGUCAGCCCCGACCCCGAUCAGCCCCAUGCCCCCGGUAGCGUCGUGCUCGUCAAGGACGGCUGCAGGAAUCGCGAUUUCGCGUCCAUCAUCCCGCACCAGCCGGCGAGGUACCGCGAGCGCAAGAACGAGGUCUUCCUCGACUUCGAGGCCUUCCUACUGAGCUCGAUGAGGGAGCGCUCCACCCUCUGGAUCCACUCGCAGAUAAAGGCCUGCAUGGAACCGCAGGACUGCCAGCCGGACUUCUGUCUCGAUCUUUUCGAACCUUCGGGACACGGGAAGAGGAGGAAGCGGGCCGUCGAGGCGAACGUGGAAGUAUUAAGCGAGUUCCUCCCGAAGGUCGAGCGUUUAAUUAAAAGAUACAACGACUCCACGCCGUACACCAAGUUCAAAGAGAACAUUGAAUAUACGGUGAUGAUGCCAGAUGACCUGUACGACAAGGUGGCGGCCGGUCUCGAAGGUAGCUGCGGAAAUUUUCUGUACGUAGCGACGGGAUUGGGCGCUCUACUAGUGCUGUCGGCCUUUAUCAUGUGCUACCUGGCAUCGCGUCUUCACAACCUGUCCUCGACGGUGCAGCAGAACAAGUCUAUCGAGGAGUUGGUCAGGGACCGCACCAGAAAGUAUUGCGACACCACGCCCAGCUACACUGGUCGCUCGACUGUACAAUAGAGCGACGCGCGAUUGAGAGGGGGAGAGAGAUGCAUAAAUCACUCGUAUCGAAUGCCUCCGCACAAAGUACAUACGUCGCGGUAAGUACGACGUACGGAUAUCGUAUCGUACAAUUAAUGUAACGUUACUUCGAGACUUAGAGUGUUUAUUUGCGAGAAGGGGAGGCAGUGUCACAUUUACGAGCCACUUGACUCCCCUUCCCUCUUCGAAAACGCCAAGGCACUCGUCCCACUUCUACGAUGAUGAGAUGUAUCUUAACUGGUUUCAUUACUGAUACGGUACGAUAGUCGUCGCGCUGCAACUUUGUCGAGGUACGAUUCGGAACGGCUGAUGCGAGCUCCGAAUCAACGUUCGAAACGAGCGAACGACGGCCGCCCACUAUGGAAUAAAAAAAAAAGUUCUCGCGAGGAGAACGGCGAACCGGUGACUGUGCUUUCCCGUGUAAAACUAAAUCAAUUUAACGACGAACGUCCAAGAGAGAAUAAAUUAGGAAUUCGUGAGAAGAAUCUGUCGUUAAAGCUAGGAGACAAAACAUUGUCUGCUUUGUCUUGCAAUGUAGAUACGGUAGAUUACACGAUACGACUUCAUGAGGAAGCACUUUUUAGUUCUUCUAUAUAAACACAAGCACACGGAGCUCUCCAUUUCUUGCUCAAUCACUUUAAUUCUAGUAAAGAAAAAAUUAAGAAAAAUUUCUGCUUAUAUACGAUGGUUAAUUUAUCACUUAUCUAUUUGGUCAAGUUUUGUUACCGAACAGUUUGAUGAAAAUCGCUAAAAAUCGAAUUAUUUAACUAAAUCGCGUCUUUUUUUUUUUUAUAAAGAAUUUUACUCAUUAGUUACAAUAUUCUCCGCGCACAUCAUGCAAUUUCACGAUUUGUCGAUAUUGCUCAAAUAAAAAAAAAAACAGUCUCACUACUAUGAGUCUCUCAAUCGUGCAAUGCUAUUACGUGACCUGAUCAAACGGGCGGAAUAUCGCUCGUGUAAUAGGAUAAGAACUUCGCGCCGAAUGCGAAAAAACUCGAACGGGACAUUUGGGGUGGUUGCACGAAUUUAUCUCACCUUGUAAAUAAACACGAAUGCGAUUCGCAUUUUAUAAUAAGCUUUUUAACAGUGCAGAUGUUUUAUACGUAUAUAUUAUUACAAGAAUCUAUAUAUAACUGUAACGUAACUAAAUAAAAGAUGUUUUGGAGAUAAUAUGAUGAAAAUUUCGGUAAGAAAAGAAAAGAACUAAUAAGUAAGAAAGAAGAGCCUUCCCAAAGGUAAUCUAUUUGUCGAAUUAAUAUACAUUCAGCUAAGUAUGUUAGAACAAUUAAAAUGCGCCUGUGUUACGUAUUUUAUAACUCGACAUCUCUCUCGAAAUUAUCCUAAAAAUGUCCUAAAGGAAAGAUUAGAGUUCUACGUAUUUAAUAAUAAUAAUAAUAAUAAUAAUAAUAAUAAUAAUAAUAAUAAUAAUAAUAAUAAUAAUAAUAAUAAUAAUAAUAAAAUCGUGUGUGUGUGUGAGAGAAAGAGAGAGAGAGCAAGACUAAUCACGUAAUGACGUGAUUCGAAUUGGCGAUCAAUCCGUAAAAGUGACCUAAAAAGCGUAAUACAUAUUAUUUACGACUAUUGUAGAUGUGAUCGUGUACAAUGACUAUUUAUUAUAAAAUAAAAGGUUGAACAAUUUUC